CGACAGAGUUGCCAGUACUCGCCGCGACGCCGUUACGAGCUGAGCGUCACGACGCCCGUCCUCAGUUUGGUCCUCGCGACGUCACCGGGUGUCCCCGUUUACGUUUUUGUGCGUUUGUUAUUUUUCCGCGGAAAUUUCGGCAUUUCAUCAAUCGGUCGAGAUUCUCGUUUGAUUAAAUUAACGUGAGUUUUUCGGUUUCGUUUUUUAAAUGACGAUGUCGGCGUGAUUUUGCUUGUAAUGCAUGGAAUUUUAUUGGUUUUGGUGUAUUUCAUGGUCAUGGUUAAAGCGGGGUUUUAGAUAAAGCAUUUUUGAUGGCCUGAAACAAUGACCAACUGAUGACAAAAUUAUCAAUUCUGGCUUCGAAAAUACUACGGAGAACUCUGGCUUUAUCCCGAAAAACAUCGAUCAAUGCAGUGCCAACGGCUUCACCAGACAGGAAAACUAAGUCCAAGAGCAUAAUAAUGAAAAGACUCUUAGGCACCAGGUUCUUCACUCGUCUCCUAUUAGCAGUAUGCUCUCUAAGUCUCCUCAGUAUCCUCUUACUAAGCAAAUGCGGACUGGAAAGCCUGAAAUCUUCCAACUCUCAGGACUCAAUGGACGAUCCGCAAGGAUCAGACAUUUCCGGAAUCUCUUUCCUAUCAAGCAAAGAACUAUCCUCAAAGUUUCCCCAACAAGAUUCUUCAGCUUCCGAUGUCAGCGCUUCCCUUCAGCAACUCCUACAACAGAGAGAGGAAGAAAAUAAGCUAGAAGUGGAACGACUUACCGCGGAAAUUAAAGCUCUAAAGCUACAACUGCUCCAGUAUACAAAUGGUAGUCCAAAUCGUCAUAUAAGGGAAACCUCUUUUACUGUACCAUCAGAAAACCUUAUAAUGAGCAACAGCGAAUACGCCAACUAUAUUAAAAAACAAAUUCUCCAAGCAGAGAUUCUUCAUGGCACCCCAUUGAAUAACGAAUACGAGCUGAUACCCUUCAACCAUUUUACUUACAGCAGAGUUUAUCCAUCGGAUUUAGGUCUGGGCAAAAGGGUGGUCGAGAAACCCAUCGGUUAUAAGCGGAAAGAUCUACUGGAAGCCCUUAUGAAAGGGUUGGAUACGUUAAACCGAAACGUUACUGAUAAGUUAAAGAGAUAUACUUUGGAUGAUUUUUUGGAGGGGUUGUACAGGAUAGAGCCUACUACGGGGACUCAGUUUGAGAUGUAUUUUAAGAGUAAAAGUGGAAAUAGAACUUCUAGUUCGGAGCAUACGGUGGGGAAUGGUUAUACUAAGUUGGUGGUUAUGAGGCCUUUUGCUCCGUUGCAGACUAUUACCAGUGAGAGUUUGGUUGGUCCGAAGGACAAAGAACUCAUCCACAUAAUUCUACCCUUAAGUGGCAGGACUGCUACGUUUCAAAACUUCAUGGACAAAUUUGUCAAGAUCGCCCUUAAGAAUGACAAAAGGGUCCAUUUGACUGUUGUGUACUUUGGGGAGGAAGGACUGGCAGAGGCCAGAAGCAUAAUGUCCAGAGUACUUAUGACCAAGAACUCUGGAGGAAGUGCCAAUAACCUAAGACUCUUGGCCCUAAAUGAAACAUUUUCCAGGGGCAAAGGAUUACGUGUUGGGGCCGAAAGGGCUUUGAACACUGGAAAGGUACAUCAAGAAGAGUUGUUGGAUAAAAUACCUGGACAAGCAUUAAAAUCCACUACAAAAGACGUGCUAUUGUUUAUGUGUGAUGUGGAUAUAGUCUUUAGUGCCAGAUUUUUGGAUAGAUGUCGAUGGAACACUAAACCAGGCAAAAAAGUAUAUUAUCCAGUAGUAUUUAGCCUGUACAAUCCUCAUGUAGUAUACACCUUGCAAGGAAAAGAAGUCCCUCCAGAGAACGAACAGCUGGUCAUAUCCAGAGACACGGGCUUCUGGAGAGACUUUGGUUAUGGUAUGACUUGCCAAUACAGAUCAGACUUCUUGAAAGUGAAGGGGUUUGACGAGGAUAUUGUCGGAUGGGGCGGCGAAGAUGUGAUGCUUUACAGAAAAUACGUCACUAGUAGCGUCAAGGUUAUUAGAGCUACAGAUCCAGGGAUUUUUCAUAUCUGGCAUCCAAAGGUAUGCUCAGGUGGACCAGGUAACCAAAAACUCUCAGCGGACCAAUACCGCGCCUGCAUCCGUUCCCGCGCACUUAACGAAGCCUCGCAUGCGCAACUCGGCUUUUUAGCAUUUAGAGACGACAUCGCGGCCAAUAGCAGCCCCGUAAAAUAUCCCGUGCAUCCCCUUAAACCAAUGAAAAACGCUUUUCGAAAUCGCAAUUUAAACAGGUCGGGGGGUAAGUGACCCCUAAGAAAAAUCUUAAAUAGAAUUUAAAUCAAUUUGUUUCGGGUGUAAAUUACAUGGAUCGGCACGGGAUGUUAACUAGAAUAGUUAUUUUUUAAGUUAUUUUUUUAUACAGGAUGGUCCGGAUCUUAACCAAGAAAUUUUGAUUACGUAUUCUCAUGUCAAAAGUAAGCACUAGUUUGUCGUAUAAACAAUGCAAAAAGUGCAGUGUAAAAGUUAUAGAUAAAAAAAUGUUGGUUAAUGAUACUUUAAAAUUUCUUGGUUAAGAUCUGGACAAUCCGGUAUAGUUACCACUUUAGUGAGAUUAUAUAUAUAAAUUGUAUGUUUUAGGUACCAUAAAGUGAUAUUAUUUAGUUUUAAUGUAAGAUGCCAAAUCAUUUUAGUUAGAUCGUAGGAAAUUACAACAACAAUUAUGCUUUUUAAACUUUUGUAAAUAUUUUUUAUGUAAAUACUGAAAAAAUCAAAUUUAUUUACUACGUUUUACAUAAAUAAGUUGCUGCAGUACCUAUUAAAACAAAAAUGUGAUUAUUUAUGAUUCCAUUCAUUACUGUUAAGUUAUUGUUGUGUUUUGUUGUAUAUAGAUGAUUGUGAAUAUUUGUAAGACUGUUGUUAGGCCACUUACGUAAUUACCCCAAU